UCGUCUUCGCCAUUUUUGUAGAAAAGAGCGUCGGCGCAAGAAAAUAAUUUUUUUAAAAGAACAAUGAAUUCCACAGAAUAUUCGUUAAUUUUCAGAGGACUGAAGUUCUAUUUUUUGCACAUAGCGAGUGUUUUACUUCUGCGUGGUGCAUCAGGUGUUGAUACAGAUGGAGUGUCAGUGUUUGUGAUGGAGGGAGAUUCUGUCACUCUGCACACUGAUGUUUCAAAAACCCAACAAGAGAGAAUUAAAUGGUAUUUUAAUGACACGUGUGUGGCUGAAAUUAAUGGUGAUCUCAGUAAAAUCUGUGCAAAUGAUAAAUGUCAUGAUGAUAAAGAAAGACUCAGAGAUGGAAUAAGGCUGGAUCAUCAGACUGGAUCUCUGACCAUCACAAAUAUCAGAAACACAGACUCUGGACUCUAUAAACUACAUAUCAUGAACAACAGCAGCAGCAUUAGGGAAAAGGUAUUCAUGGUUACUGUCCAUGGUGUUCCUGCUGCAGAAAUAGAUACGGUAAAAACUAAAUCAGUGAUGGAGGGAGAAUCUGUUACCUUAGACACUCAUAUGCUAAAAAAAUCUAAUGAUUUUAUAGCAUGGUAUUUUAAUGACAUUCUCAUCAUUGAAAUCAAUGGACAUCUCAGAUAUGUCUGUACAGAUGUUCAGUGUAAUAAAGGUACUGAGAGAUUCAGAGACAGACUGAAACUGGACAAUCAGACUGGAUCUCUGACCAUCAUGAACACCAGAAUCACAGACUCUGGAGAUUAUCAUCUAGAGAUCUUCAGCAGCAACUUCAGCAUUAGCUACAUUAGGAGCUUCAGUGUUACUGUCAAUGGUGUUUUGGGUGUUUUGACCGAUGGAGGGUCGGUGUUUGUGAUGGAGGGAGAUUCAGUCACUCUACACACUGGUGUUAAAAAAAGCCAAAACGACAGAAUUGUAUGGUAUUUUAAUGACACUUUCAUUGCUCAAAUCAAUGGAAAUCUAAAAAGGAUUUCUAGUGUUACAGACAGACUGGUGCUGGACAGUCAGACUGGAUCUCUGACCAUCACAAACAUCACAACCACUGACUCUGGAGUCUAUGAACUACAGGUCAUCAGCAGCAGAAUCAGUCAAAAGAUUUUCAGUGUUUCAGUCCAUGAUGUUCCUGGUGCAGAGACACAUAACAUAAAGACAAUGCCAGUGGCGGAGGGAGAAUCUGUCACUUUAGAUCCUGGUGUAAUUAAAAAACCAAAUGACUUGAUGACAUGGUAUUUUAAUGGCAUGUGCCUUGCUGAAGUCAGUGGAGAUCUCAGUUUUAUCUGUCCAGAUGUUCAGUGUAAUGAAGGUACUAAGAGAUUCAGAGACAGACUGAAGCUGGAUCAUCAGACUGGCUCUCUGACCAUCAUGAACAUCAGAAACACAGACUCUGGAGUUUAUAAACUGGAGAUAAACAGCACCAAUAGCAGCAUUCGUCGCCGGCGCAGCAGCAGUAUCAGCAUCAGAAGCUUUAAGAGCUUCAGUGUUGCUGUCAUUGAAUCAGGUCUGUCUGCAGCAGGAAUAUAUGCUUGUGUUGGCAUCUUUCUGCUGGUUUCUGUAGCUGUAUCCGCUGGUGUGAUUUUCUGUCGCCAUAAUGACUCUACACAACCAGGACAGAAUGAGCAUCAUGUUGAACACUCGUCCCCUAAUAUGACUGAGAUGCCAUUGAUGACUGUUGCCAAUGAAUCAUCGCCUAAUCGGACAUCAACGUAACAUUAAUUAUAACAUUGAUCAUUUCAUUGAUGGGUGAUCUGAUGAUUUUAUACCAUGAUCUUUUAUGUUCUCAUAAUAAUGUUAAAAUGUUGACUGCCUACUAGAUGGCUGCGCUGACUGGACAAGUUUUAUCACAUGCCUCUAUCAUGUGUCCUUCAUGUGUGCUGACCUAUCUGAAAAACAAUCCAUUGUGAGCUAGCAGAAGGGCUGUGCGAUGAAUCAUUCGACCUUGGGUUCCAGCGGAUAUGAAAAUUUGAUAAUUAAGAUAAAAUGAUCAUUGUUCCGCAUGCCUUUGCUUUACGUUGAAGCAGUGUGGUUUCGCCCCUGAAAGUGUGCUUUGAUCUCUUUGUGAAAACAAAACUGGCAUAUGGUCCAGGUCAUUGAAAGUUGAAAUAGAAGUGUCAAGAACUCAAGUUAAGAAUUAAUGAUCUUAACCGUUUCAUGUUUGGUAUCAAUUUUACGGUCUCAGUGUGAUUAGAAAUAUGAUCUCAGUUCCAUAUCAAUAGAACAGAUCAAAAAUAAAGAUCUAGAAUCUGAGGAAAUUCUGUUCUACUGGUGUGGGGUGUGCCCCUGGUCUUUGCCAGAUGUUGUUUUUCUACCUCAGGUUAGAUUUGACUUUCAGGUCACCUCAGGUCCCAGCAAAAGUCUGGUAAAGCUUUUAUUAUGCUAAAUGUAUGAUUGCUUUGUUCUGAUUUGGGUAUUUAAAGAGGAUUGGCAAAACAUUCAAGGAAGCAUCUGUAAAUAAAACUUCCCGCACGAUGGCCAUGCGUUUCUCUAUUUGCCAGGUAUGCAGACUCUUUGAAGUUAUUUUAGUAUAAAUUUUUAUUCUACGUUUUGUGUUUCAUGCUGAUCACUUGUGUAACCAAAUUGUUAUGCAUUUUCUCUGUAUUCUCAUUAUGGAUUGAUUGAAUUUAUUCUGUUUGAUUCUUUUUUGAAUAUUCCUGGCAAAAUAAAUGUUCAUUUUUUAUUUAUUCUGGAAUUUCUUGU